ACUCCACCCUCAGUCUUCAACACACACAAACACAAUUUCCCAGUGAGGUAAACCCACAGAAUUCCCCCCUUAUGCGCUGUCAUAGCCCUCCCACUCCUGCAAUUUGUGUGUGUGUGUGUGUGUGUGUGUGUGCGUGUGUCAACACUUUUCUCUGACAUUUCUGCACAGAGCGGAGAGGCAGCGAGCUCGGCUGCAGAGAGACAAAACUACAAAUCUCACUUCAUUAGGAAAAGUUAGACUUUUCUCAGAAGAAGAAGAAGAAGAAGAAGAAGAAGAAGAAGAAAAAGAGAAACAUAGUUCUUUUCCUUGUUGCAACUUGUCUCUCCAUCCAUCACAUCUCAUUGGGAUCUUUUCUGACUAGGGAAUUCCAAUUUUGGGAAAUCUGCCUGCAAGUGGGAAGACUUUCAUUUUUUUAAAAGGGAUUUCUAGAAAAGCAUCCUCUUGUAUUCAGUCACCGUUUUCUCCUGUUCCUCCCUUCUCCAUCUCCACCUCCCUGGAGACAGACUCCGAACAACAGACUGCGGAGUUUGGGAAUACUUUUGGAGAGACAAAGGACAAGAGCAUAGUAUUGCAACAACAUUCAAAGAGACCCUGGCUCCUGUAAAGAUGGCUGACGUGGUGCAGCCAGAACCCAACAGCCUGCAGAUACCCGGUGAUACUUUAUCAGCUCCUUCAUCGCCUGCCACAGCUAGAAAUGACUGCAGCAUCACACCCCUCACACCCUCACCCUCGCCGAGGGUGGAGGUAAGACCCAGGAUGUCCUGCCCGUUCUCCGUUGUCGUGGCAAUAGACUUUGGGACGACCUCCAGCGGCUAUGCAUUUAGCUUUACACAGGACUCAGAAGCCAUCCACAUGAUGAAGCGCUGGGAGGGCGGCGACCCCGGGGUGGCCAAUCAGAAGAGCCCGACGUGUCUGCUGCUGACUCCUGAGUUGCGAUUCCACAGUUUUGGGUUUGCAGCCCGGGACUUCUACCACGACCUGGACCCAGAGGAGGCCCGGCACUGGCUCUACUUCGAUAAGUUCAAGAUGAAGAUCCAUAGCACAAGUGACCUCACCAUGGAGACAGAGCUGGAGGCGGUCAACGGUCGGAGGGUCAGGGCCAUCGACGUGUUUGCUCACGCCCUGCGCUUCUUCAGGGAACAUGCUCUAAAGGAAGUGAAGGACCAGUCGUCAUCAGUGCUGGAGGGAGAGGCGAUCAGAUGGGUAAUCACCGUCCCCGCUGUGUGGAAACAACCUGCCAAACAGUUCAUGAGAGAAGCUGCAUACCUGGCUGGUCUUGUGUCUCCUGACUGUCCUGAGCAGCUUCUCAUCGCUCUGGAACCCGAAGCUGCGUCCAUUUACUGCCGUAAGCUCCGCCUCCACCAGGUGAUUGAUCUGAGCGUGCAGCCAAUCACAAAUGGCUUUGAUUUGGAUGGAUCCCGACCCUUUGACUCCAGCUUCAGACAAGCGAGGGAGCAGUUGAGGCGAUCCAGACACAGCAGGACCUUCCUGGUGGAGAGUGGAACCGGAGAGCUGUGGUCCGAGCUCCAGACUGGUGACAGGUACAUUGUUGCAGACUGCGGAGGAGGAACAGUUGACCUGACAGUCCAUCAGAUAGAGCAGCCACAAGGAACACUUAAAGAGCUCUACAAGGCUUCAGGCGGUCCGCACGGUGCCGUCGGAGUUGACCUGGCCUUCGAAGCCAUGCUGUGCCAGAUCUUUGGCGAGGACUUCAUCCAGAGCUUUAAAGCCAAGCGGCCGGCGGCCUGGGUGGACCUCACCAUCGCGUUCGAAGCGAGGAAACGGACGGCGGCGCCGGGCAGGGCCAACGCCCUCAACAUCUCCCUGCCCUUCUCUUUCAUCGACUACUACAAGAGACACAGGGGCCAGAGUGUGGAGGCCGCCCUGAGGAAGAGCAAUAUGAACAUAGUGAAGUGGUCCUCCCAGGGGAUGCUGCGGCUGACACAGGAAGCCAUGAACGAACUCUUCCAGCCCACCAUCGUCAAUAUUGUCAAACACAUUGAGGAGCUGAUGGCAAAGCCGGAGGUUCGCGGUGUGCGUUUCCUCUUCCUGGUUGGUGGUUUUGCCGAGUCGCCUAUGCUGCAGAAAGCAGUCCAGAGAGCGCUGGGGCGGACGUGUCGCAUCAUCAUCCCCCAUGACGUUGGACUGACCAUACUGAAGGGUGCCGUGCUCUUCGGGCUGGAUCCCACUGUGGUCAGAGUGCGUCGAUGCCCCCUGAUCUAUGGCGUUGGCGUAUUGAACCGGUUCGUGGAGGGACGCCACCCUCGGGACAAACUCCUCAUCAAGGACGGUCGCCAGUGGUGCACCGAUAUCCUGGACCGCUUCGUCUGCGUCGACCAGUCGGUGGCUCUGGGCGAGGUCGUGAGGCGGAGCUACACGCCUGCUCGUCUGGGCCAGCGGAAGAUCAUCAUCAACAUCUACUGCAGCGCCACAGACGACGUCACGUACAUCACCGACCCUGGGGUCAGGAAGUGCGGGACGAUCACAUUAGACCUACCGGAGCCGCUACCGGGAGCAGUGGGCGGAGCUGGGGGAGGAGCCGGAGGCCCAGAGAGAAGAGAGAUCAGAGCCACCAUGCAGUUUGGGGACACGGAGAUCAAAGUCACAGCCGUUGACGUCAUGUCUAACCGCUCCGUGCGGGCUUCCAUAGACUUCCUCUCUAAUUGAGGAGGAGCAGGAAGUGGAGACGGGGAUUGGAAAACAGAAAAAAAACUGAUUCUAGGGACGAUAAUAGAAAAAAAGCGGUACUUUGGGAGUGGGCGACAAGUUUUUUUUGGGACUUUGCAUUCCAAGAAGAAACCUACAUCCUGUAAUUCAGACAUUUAGGCUUUAUAUUUACUCCUCAGAAAAAGGAUAAGGAGAGGAACUUUUUUUUAAACUCUCCAGCCUUCAUAAGUACAUACUCCUCAAAAAAAAAAAAACAUCUCCUCAACUGAAGGGUAGGGCGCCCUCUAUGUACAAGAAAAGAACACAUGAAUUUGUCUGCCUCCUGUCUUCAGUGGAGUUUUUCAUGUCAUACCAUAUAAUGCUGUCACGGGCAUUUCCUGCCCAGAAAAGGUCCAGAGCAACACUAUGAACUCAGUAAAAGUUCAGCCUGUCCGAGGUGUAUUUCAACUUUUGCAUUAUACUACCUACAGUGAAACUCACUCAUCCUAAUAGCCAAAAUCAGACUGUUGCCUUUUUGUUGUUUGCCAUGUACAAGAUUAUUGACGCAACUACCUGGACUGCAGCUGUGACUGUGCGUCACCUAGCGGUGAAAAGACUGAACUACAAGUUGUAGAUCACAUGGGAAGUUUUAAGCUCCCUGGGUGCAUCAAACACACACCUAAGGAUCCUUCACUAUGAAGGACUGUGGCAUUAUAUGCAUCUUUAUUACAAAGUAUGCCACCAUUUACAUUCAGGUGUAUCGUACGGUAUCUGUAGUAUUUAGGACAUUUUUAUUGCAAGUUACCUUUUUUUUUCCUUCUUUUUGGGCAUUUUGGGCUUUAUUUUUGACAGGACAGAUGAAGACAUGAAAGGGGAGAGAGAGGGGGGAAUGACAUGCAGCAAAGGGCCGCAGGUCGGAGCCGAACCCGGGCCCGCUCCGUCGAGGAGUAAACCUCCACAUAUGGGCACCCGCUCCACCAACUGAGCUAUCUGGGCGCCCUGAAAGUUACCUUUUAAUGGUAUUCUUUACUUUUCACAAAGCCUACAAAAAUGGUAAAAUUCAAACCAGCACGAGUAACACUGGGAGCCAGGUGAUUUGGGCCAAAACCUAGCUUUCACCACAGUCUCACUAGCCUCUUACAGGUUCCUUUAACCACAUCUCUGGGCCUUUCUCAGCAGAUGGAGAUGGCUCAGUUGUCUACACUAACCGUUACAUGUUAAAACGUGACUGAAGUUCCAUACAACUGAGUUAUCUCCAUGGCAACUAUCUCAAUGGUAAACUUCACCAACUGAGUAAGUAAAUGUAGUUUUAAGCUUAAAAAAAAAAAAAAGUCAAACCUGGGAUUUCUUUUGUCGAACUAUGGACUGUAUUUUUUAAUAUAAGCAUCUGCAGGGGCUUUAACUCCCCCCCCCCCCCUUAAGACAUCAUACUGUGUCACAUUAAGACUUGUGUUGUGUAUGCUGUAAUAAACUGUAUUCAUGUUUAUGUUCACUUUAAGUAACAGAUUAAGAACCACUGUACCAUGUUCAACAUGCUGACCCAACCUUGUUUCUUGAGUUUUGUUUAUUUUAAUCUGUGCAGGUUGCAAAAUGAUUCCAAAGCAUCAUCCGUACACUGUCCUAAUUUUAUGACCUGUGUACCAUUUCCCACAGCAAGACCAUGCUUUACUUUAUUUAAAAGAAAGCAACACACCUGCCACUGCUGUCAACAAUCUCUUCGGUCUCCACCCUUGACCAGAUGUUUACAAAAAACAAACUGUCAACAGUAUGAUUUCAGCUGUGAAUUUAUUGAUAACAAUGGUCCAAUAAAUAGUUUCACAUAGCAUAA